GACAAAAGCAAAUCUCAUUUGGUUUCUUUCGCUGUUGGCAAAAAGAAAAAAGGCCAAGAAAUUGUUAGUAAAAUCAGUAAUGCACGUGAAAAUAUCUUAAUUCCGUUAGCCUCGCGACCGGAGAUUUUUCCGCCUGCGCCCGUGCUUGUGUGUGCCCCAGUGUGCGUGUGUUUACCUGGAUUCCUCCCCAAAAAACAAGCAAGAAAAAACGGAAAGUGAAAAAGGGAACGGGAAAAUAGACGAAGUCUGCCUGCGUUCGAUUUUUUGUUGUAUUUUAUUUGGUGUUGGAAAUCUAGGGGCGACGCGAUGGCCUCCACUAGCAAUCUGUUGGAUGUGGUGCGCCACUACCAGCGUAGCAUUGAGAAGCACGGCGAGGAUGAAAGUCGGCUGCUGCACUGCAUCACCAAGCUGUUCAAUCUGCCGAUCAAAUUCGAACACCUGCAGGAAACUGGAAUUGGCAAGACGGUGAAUGCACUGCGAAAGUUUAAUGGAGAAGUGGGUGUUGCGGCCAAGACACUGGUGUCCAAAUGGAAGGCCAUGGUGGCUGCUGAAGAGGAGCCUGCAAUCGCCGCUACUCCAACAACUAGCCAUAAUGAAGAGGAUUCGGGCAAGUCAAAGUCUAGUGAUGAGGAUCCCGAUCAGGAGAACAAAGGCAGCAACUCAUCCAGCGGUGAGGACUUGCACACCAGCAAACACAAGUCAAAGCACGGCAAGAGCUCCAAGCAUGACCGCAGCAGUAGUAGCAAAAGUCACUCCAAAAGCAAGUCAGAUAGUUCGGAUAAGAAACAUAAGAGUAGUCGCCACGACAAGUCCAAGGAUAAGGACAAGGAGAAGGAGAAAGAGAAGGAUAAGAAUAAGGAAAGGGAGGGUCACAAGGAGACCAAAGAGCACAGAGAUAAGAAAUCCAAUGGCGAACACAAGUCUAAGGAUUCUAGCAAAUCUAGUAGUAGUCACAAGAGCAGCAAGUCUGAGAGCCAGAAGAGCGAGCACAGCAAAAGCAGGCACGAAAAGGAUAAGUCUGCUCACAGCGAGACGAGGCCAGCAAAAGACAAGUCAAGCAAACACAAGUCAUCAUCAUCUUCUUCCAAGUCAUCAAAGCGCUCCCACAGUCCCCAAAGACCGGAGGAAGAGGCCCAAAAAGCCAAGAUACCAAAAACUAAGCCGAAAUCAGAAGAAGACUCUGUCGACGGUUUUGACUCUAGUAUGGGCGCCAAUUUCGACGAUGUCCUUGGCUUGCUCAACAUGCCCAUGAGCAGCAAGAAGGGUAACAGCAGCAGCAAGAGCAAGUUCUCCGCCAAGCCGAAUACAGCUCCUUCCUCGUCAACUUUACCGAUACCCACGGCGGCUGGAUCAACCAGGGAAAUCCUGUCAACUAGCAGUCGGACGACAACCACCAGAAAACCCGAGCUGCUAGCAUCAACAGCCAAGCUGGAGCCCUUGGACCCAAGCAUUGCAUUGGAACUGCCCACCAUUUCAAACAACUACAAGCCCUUGCCAUUGAAUCAGACGGUUAUGGACGUGGUCUUUAAUCAAGGCGGCUCACAUAAACCCCAAGCAUCACGUUACUUUAAUGAAUCAGAAGCCCUCGCCCAAGGCAUAUCCUCCAAAACUAUGCGCACAAAGAUCUAUUCAGGCGUAAGAACUGGUCAAAUUCUACAGGUCCCUUCGCUCUUCGAUCUUUGUACGCGUGUUCUUCAGAAGAAUAUUGAUGCCCUGGAAUACACGGGUGGCGUGCCCUUUGAGGUGCUUCGUCCUGUUUUAGAACGCGCCACACCUCAGCAGCUCUUAAACUUCGAGGAGUACAACCCAUAUUUAAUGGAUGACAGUGAUAUCCUCUGGCAGCAGCAUGUCCAGCGACACUGUCGCAGUCAACGGCGUGAGGAGAUGGAGACGUGGCGAGAGAUGUUCCUGCGUUGCCAAGAGGAGAAGGAUCGCAAACUCAGCAUUCUCGCCGAGAGCAUCAAGGCAUCACAAAAGAUUAGCGAGGCACCCGUGCGUAAGACUCAGCUAGCCUUUGUAGACUCAAUGGUAAAGCCGCCGCGCAGUGUGCAGCGUAAGCAAGAGCAAUAUGGCACCAAGGGCAAGCUUAUAGCGACUCCAGCUGCCCGGGUGGCUUCCUUGUCCAGCGUAACACCAAAUGCAGCUAAGGUGGGCGAUGCACGACUUCGUGUGCUGGCCGCCACCCGAGACACGGCCCAAGUGGGUGCUGGUCCUGGACGGUCCAAAAAGGCGCCUCUAAUGGCCAAGACCUUGCAGUUCAUGCGCGGACGCCAUAAACGAUAGAUGCGUUUACUCAAUAGAGCCACAAUCUUAUACUCAAAUUGUUUACCGACAACUUAAGCAACAGCAGCAAAAGCAGCAAACUUGAUCUGAUUAAAAGGCGUUCACAGUAGGAUUACCUCCAAAUUGAAAUUGGCAGUUAAACGAGACACUGUGAUAUUAGACCUUUUGUUACCCAGUGCGUCGCGGAAUUGGACUGCUCUUGUCUGCAUGCGUAUCAAAAUUGCAUGCUAUUUAUUAUUUAUUCAUGUUCUGCCCCAUAUUUGAAUUAGUUAAUAAGUCAAGGUCAACAAGAUAAAUAUUGAAAGUCGAAUAAUACAACGUUUUGUUGCAUCCUAUUGGGGCAGUCAACAAGCUAGGAUGAAAAUUUUAUGAAAUUUGAUAAUUUAAAGAUCAGAAGAAUGUUGACUGAUCAAUCCAACAUUACUUUUAGAUUAAGCUCAAUGUUCUUUGUCCCAGAGGGCUGUGCGAAUGUCCAAAAUCAUAGAGGUUCCAUGCAAAUCAAUUGUAUAUAAUGUAUGUUACACGAAAAUGUAAACCCAAUCCUAUAUCAAA